AGGUCUGGUGUCUCCUACAUCUUUUAUCUACAGACUGACCAAUACUGACCAAUAUCUCGGACCGACCAAGGAACCAAGACCGAUCACGCCCUGCACCACCUGGUGUCUCCUGGAUCGUAUUUUGACCGCGUCGAAACCUUUCGGUCUACGAUUAGACUCCGCAGCAUCCCGGAAGCACCAAAUCUGUCGGGGUGUAAUAGAAAGGUGAUCAGAAGGACACCACAGCAGCCCCUCUGUAAUGUCAUCAGAGGGCAGGACAGAUAUCGGUGGAAUUAAGUGCAAGUGAAUCUCGAAUCGUGCGGUUACUUAUUAACUGGUAUAUCGAACGCCAUGUCCAGCAAGGAGGUGUCGAGCAGUCACCCUGCUCAGUACGUGGGGCCGUACCGUCUGGAGAAGACCCUGGGGAAGGGCCAAACAGGUCUGGUGAAGUUGGGCGUCCACUGUAUUACAGGACAGAAAGUGGCCAUAAAGAUCGUGAACAGAGAAAAGCUCUCCGAAUCCGUACUCAUGAAGGUGGAGAGAGAGAUCGCAAUUCUGAAGCUAAUCGAGCAUCCUCAUGUUCUCAAGCUGCACGACGUGUAUGAGAAUAACAAAUAUCUGUAUCUGGUGCUGGAGCACGUGUCUGGUGGCGAACUCUUCGACUACCUGGUGAAGAAAGGCAGACUGACCCCGAAAGAAGCGCGUAAAUUCUUCAGGCAGAUCAUCUCAGCGCUGGAUUUCUGCCACAGUCAUUCCAUAUGUCACAGAGAUCUGAAACCAGAAAACCUCCUACUGGAUGAGAAGAACAACAUCCGGGUGGCAGACUUUGGCAUGGCUUCUCUACAGGUGGGAGACAGCCUGCUGGAGACGAGCUGCGGGUCUCCUCAUUACGCCUGUCCUGAAGUGAUUAGGGGGGAGAAGUACGAUGGUCGCAGGGCAGACGUCUGGAGCUGUGGCGUCAUCCUGUUUGCUUUGCUUGUGGGCGCGCUGCCGUUCGACCACGAUAACCUGCGGCAGCUGCUGGAAAAGGUGAAGAGCGGCGUCUUCCACAUGCCUCAUUUCAUACCUCCGGACUGCCAGGCUCUCCUCCGGGGCAUGAUCGAGGUCAACUCUGAAAAACGCCUCACGUUGGAAGCAAUACAGAAACACCCCUGGUACAUCGGAGGCCGUAACGAGCCGUGUCCGGAACAGCCUCCUCCGCGGCGGGUAUGCGUGAAGAGGAUCCUGUCCCUGACCGAGCUGGACCCCGACGUGCUGGACAGUAUGCACUCCCUCGGCUGCUUCAGAGAUCGGGUCAAGCUCACCCGGGACCUUCAGUGUGAAGAAGAGAACCAGGAGAAGAUGAUCUACUAUCUGCUGCUGGACAGGAAGGAGCGCUACCCCAGCUAUGAGGACGAGGACCUCCCACACAGGAAUGAUGUUGAUCCUCCCCGUAAGCGCGUGGACUCGCCCAUGCUGACCCGUCACGGCCGAUGCCGGCCCGAGAGGAAGAGCCUGGAGGUGCUGAGCGUGACAGAUCAGGGCUCCCCCACACCACCCCGCAGAGCUCUGGAUACCUCAGCACACAGCCAGAGAUCUCGCUCGGUGAGCGGAGCUUCGACCGGUCUGUCGUCCAGCCCACUGAGCAGCCCCAGAAGUCCGGUUUUCACGUUCAGCCAGUCUGAGGUGACCUCUGCCUCUGCCGCCAAAACCAAAGACGCCAAACCGGGAAGCGGCGCCUCUCCCCGGGCGGCGCAGCAUCAGCCCGACCCCAAAACCCAGACCCUGCCGUCCAAGGCCGCCACGGAGCGGCCGCACCUGCAGUCCAUGAAGUCUUUGCCCCUGCAGACGCCGCCCUCCCCCUCCCCCUCGCCGUCUCCGCUCCUGUCCCCCAUCCCUCGCUUCUUCUUCUUCCCCGCGCCCUCGGUUCUGAAGUCCGUCACUAAGUCCAUCUAUCCUAACUCUGCCCAUGUGUCGCAGGUCACGCCCCAGGACUCCCCACUCCAUACCCCCUCGGGGACCCCCCAGCACCCCCCUCCCACCCCGCCCUCCUCCUCCUCCUCCUCUUCCUCCUCGCGGGCUGACGGGGGCGGGGCUGGCGGCGGUGUGGGCGGUGGCUCCCUGUCCCUCACUCCACCCUCAAGCCCCGGCGCAGGCGGAGGGAUGGCCGCCAGCAGCUCCGCCCACUGGAGGACGCGCCUCAACUCCUUCAAGAACAACCUGCUGGGCUCGCCGCGCUUCCACCGCCGCAAGCUACAGGUUCCUACUUCAGAGGACAUGUCCAGUCUAACCCCAGAGUCGAGUCCAGAACUGGCUAAGAAGUCGUGGUUUGGGAAUUUCAUCAGUCUGGAGAAGGAGGAGCAGAUUUUUCUUGUGAUCCGUGACAAACCACUGAGCUCCAUCAAGGCCGACAUCGUCCACGCCUUUCUCUCAAUCCCCUCACUAAGCCACAGCGUGGUCUCCCAGACCAGUUUUCGGGCGGAAUACAAAUCCUCUGGCGGAUCCUCAGUCUUCCAGAAGCCGGUCAAGUUCCAGGUGGACAUCGGAUUCUCUGAGGGGGAGAGAGAACGAGAGCGGGAGAGAGAGGGGAAAAGGGAGGCCGGAAUCUUUAGUGUCACCUUCUCCCUCAUAUCAGGACCCAGUCGCAGGUUUAAGAGAGUGGUGGAGACCAUCCAGGCUCAACUUCUCAGCACUCACGACCAGCCGUCUGUACAGACACUUGCCGAUGAGAAGAACGGGAUUUCCUCUCGCUCGCCGGGCACCCCCACUCGUCAGAACUCGCGCCGCUCCGAAGGGGGUGGAGACCGUAGCGAGAGGGCGGAGCGAGGAGAAGGAUCCGGCAGCGCUAACAGCCUCCAGCGCAGAGGGUCGAGCAAGGACAAGACACGGAUUCCUUCCUCUAACGGUACGCAGGCUCAGCCUUGAGAGGACUCUCCGGAAAUGAUGAUGCGGCGCUCUCGCUCCGUUCAUCACCCCCCCACCCCCCCAUUCCCCUGUCGACAAAAAAACCCCUUGAUUCUUUAGUCACAGACACUUAAUGCAGCCUGGGAGGAAAAAAACUUUCCCUGGAAAUGAAAAUGGACUUUCGUACUCACCGACUUAUUGAAAUGCUUGAAAAUACGAGAGAAUCUGGGGCAAAGUGUUCGCAACGAUGUCACACACGCCUCAAACAUGCAGACGAGACGUAAAGUGGACCAGAAAACAUGAGGCGGAAGAGAAACGUGAGGAACGUCUCUGUCUCAUCAUCACCGCUGCCAUCGCGACCGGAACUCACUUUUCACACGUCAGUUCAGAACGGACGGCACAAAGAAAGCGCGAAGGACAAAACAGAAUCCUGAACGAACGACACUCUCGGAAACACGUUCACCAGAUCCAGGACUAGAUGAAAGAUUGUAUUUGUAAGAAGGACGACCUAGCAGGGAUGGUCAAACCCCAGCAACCUAUGAGGGGGCAUUGCAAAUUACUUAGGUUCUGCUAAAAUCACACCGCAAGUAAACAUGGAACAUAAAUAGUUAGAGGAAAAAAUGAGAACAAAAAAAGCUAAAGAACAAAACAACCCUGCAGCUAUUAAUGAAUGUCAAACUAAUUAACUUAUGAGUAUUUAUUUAUUUAUUUGUUUAUUUGCACAAUAUGUUUGAGUACCUUUAUUUUUUAUUUAUUUAUUUAUUUAUGUAUUUAUUUAUUGAUUUUUUAUUUAUUAAGCUACAGACCUGAGCAGAUGGAGAAGUAUCGCCUUUGUUUCAUUCCCAAACAUUAAAAACAUCAGGAAAUCUUUUGUCAAUUUCA